GGAUGUGAGAUUUCUAAAGUGCCUUUAUCUAAUAUUGCUCAGAGGAUUAUGACAGCUUUGCAGUCUAUUCCUGUAGAAGCUCAGACUAACAGAGAAAAUAACCAGAGUAUAGAGAAGACAAAGGAAAAUAAACUAGGUGAUAAGGAUGCACAUCUGAGAAAUGAAAAGGAGGAUUAUGAUUCCAGAAUUGCCACAUUAAAAACAACUGUCAGCCCUGAAAAAGGAAUUGCUGGUCAGAUGGUCAGGACAGUGCAUAUGGAUAAAAUACUUGGCUGUCAAGAUACCCAAAUAUUGAGCUGUUACCAGGAUUCAGGCUUCCCAAAAUGGGAAUAUCAAGAAAGGAGUCUUUCAGUAGAAGAAAAAACCCUGAAGGAUGGGAAAAACAAAAUAGUUAUUCCUCUUAAAAGAAAGCAAAAUGUAUCUACAUCUUGUUCAGAGAAAACAAGAAAAUUGCAUGUAAAUACCUCCAUGUUACAUGAAAGAAGAUACAGCUGUACUCCUGGACAAAUAAAGUCUUCUGGAAAGUAUCCUUGUGAUAUCAGCAGUUUAGGAUGUGAAGAAAAAAGCAAACUCCUUACCACUAUAGAACAGGCAGCAGCUUUUAUCACUACUAUGAUAUUUCAAGAUGGUUCUUCCCAGCUCAGCUCAGAGCAGGCCUCUACCUCAUCAGUCAGAGGAGUUGUUGUGCUGGUGAAGAAUCAGACUGAUCAGCCUUGUCCUCCAGGUCACACUUCAACUGGCUGUUCUUGGAAUGCUGCAAAUGAAAAUGAUGAAUUAAUUUAUUUAAAAACUGAACAGUCAUCUCUCUGGGAACGAGAACCAGCUCACAAGAAAUUUUCUUGGGAAGUGUUGUUCCAAAUGCUGCAGUGCAAAGUUCCAAUAAUUUGCUUCAAUGCAAAAGAUUUCCUGAGGACUCUACUUCAAAUUUAUGGUAAUGAAAUCAGCUGGAAACAAGUUGCCAAUAGUGUCGUGUUAGAUCCAAGGAUUGCAGCAUGGCUGAUAAACCCCAGUGACACAGUUCCUUCCUUUGAGUGUUUAAUACAGAAGUAUUUUGAAAAGCCUUUUUCAAAGGGAGCAGAGAAUACAGAUACAGGCACUUUGAGAAAUGUAUCUUAUCAAAACUUAGGUGUGAACUUGGAGAAACUCUAUAAUGUAAUGAUGGACCUUGCUCAUGGCUUAAAGGCUCAAGGUUUGUGGAACUUAUUUUGCACAUUAGAGCUUCCACUUAUCAAAAUUCUGGCAGUGAUGGAAACACACAAAAUAUAUGUGAACAAACAAGAACUGAAAAAAACAUCAGAGAUUCUAGGGCUGCGGCUCAAAGAGCUUGAACAGGAAGCUCAUGAGGCUGCUGGAGAACGAUUCCUUCUGACCAGCAGCUGUCAGCUCCGAGAGGUACUAUUUGAUAAGUUAAAGCUGCAUACGCUGUGUGAGAAACUUCACAGAACUGAAAUACAACAGCUUGUAUCCACCUCAGAAGUUGUGCUAAAUAAAUUGCAAGAUCUUCAUCCCUUGCCUAAGAUAAUUUUAGAAUACCGCCAGGUUCAUAAGAUGAAAUCAACUUAUGUGGAUGGACUACGAACAUGCAUGAAAAAGGGAUUCAUUUCCUCUACUUGGAAUCAAACAGGAACUGUGACUGGCAGACUUUCGGCCAAACAUCCUAACAUUCAGGGUAUCUCUAAACAUCCAGUUACAAUUGCAAAGAAACAGUACAUAAAAGGAAAAGAAGAGGACAUAAUAACUAUUUCCCCAAGAACUCUGUUUGUUUCAAAAAAAGGAUGUACGUUUUUAGCAGCAGACUUUUCCCAUAUUGAGUUAAGGAUCCUUGCUGACUUAUCAUCUGAACCAGAACUUCUGAAACUGUUCCAAGAACCUGAAAUCACUGAUAUCUUUACUACACUGGCUUCUCAGUGGAAAGGGAUUCCAAUUGAACAAGUGAAACAUGGUGAUAGAGAGCAAGCAAAGCGUAUUGUUUACUCUGUGGUUUAUGGAGCAGGUAAAGAACGUCUCGCUGACUGCUUGGGAAUUACUCCUGUUCAAGCCAGUCAAUUUAUAGAGAGUUUUAUGCAAAAAUACAAGAAAGUGCAUGAAUUUACAAAGAAAACCAUUGAGCAGUGCCGGAAUAAAGGUUAUGUGGUUUCCAUAAUGGGACGCAAAAGGCCCCUGGCCAACAUCAAUGCACAGGAUUACAAACUCCGCACUCAAGCAGAGAGGCAGGCUGUAAAUUUUGUUGUUCAAGGCUCUGCAGCUGAUCUUUGUAAAAUGGCUAUGGUGAAGAUUUUUGCCUCUGUUGUCAUUUCUCCAACUCUAACAGCCAGGUUAAUUGCUCAGAUCCAUGACGAAUUGUUGUUUGAAGUAGAAGAUUCUCAAAUCCAGGAAUUCUCAGCACUGGUAAAAAGAAUAAUGGAGUCCCUACAGCAAACCACAGCCUUGGAAGUGCCACUGAAGGUUCCCUUGAAAGUGAUUCUCACCACUGGGAAAUCAUGGGGGUGUAUGACAGAAUUGCAGGAGAUGUAA